CCCUCCUUCACUGCAGAAGGCAGGGCAGGUUAAAGUAGGAAGAAGCUAGGGGCCAGUCUUUCUCAAAGCAAGGAGACCGCUUUCCAGGCUUAGCUGACAUGAUUAAAGUACUUCUGAUUUCUACAGUAUUGCUCCUUUCUCAACACCGAGGGACUGCGCGAAGGGAAUUACCUGGGGUGAAGGACUACGAAGUGGUAUAUCCACACAAACUACACAUGUUACAUAAAAGAGAUGUAGCAGGAAAUCAAAAUCCCAACAACGGGGCAAGAUAUGAUGACAGGAUGCAAUAUGAAAUUAAAGUCAACGGCGAGAAAGUGAUACUUCAUCUAGAAAAAAAUAAGGAUCUAUUUGCCAAGGACUACUCUGAAACUCAUUACUCACAUGAGGGUCAAGAAGUGACAACAAGUCCUCAGAUCAAGGACCACUGUUUUUACGACGGUCACAUCCAAAAUGAUAAUGACUCAGAAGCAAGCAUCAGUGCCUGCAGUGGUUUGAAAGGAUAUUUCAAGACCCAUGGUCAGCGAUACCUUAUCCAACCCCUGAAGCUCAUAGACAGUGAGGAACAUGCAGUCUUUAAAUAUGAAAACCUGGAAGAUGUUGAAGGCCCAAAAACUUGUGGCGUAACCAACACUACCUGGGAAUCAGAAGAUCCUAUCAAAAAGUCCUCUAGAUCCAGCACCAGUCUGGAAAAACAGGAAUAUCUGAAAGCAAAGAAGUAUGUUGAAAUCUACAUAGUUGUAGACAAUGCUGCGUAUAGGAAGUACAACCGCAACAUGACGAGUAUAAGAACACGGGUUUUUGAAAUAAUCAAUUACAUCAACAUGGUUUAUAAAGCCAUAAACAUUCACGUGGCUUUGAUUGGUCUAGAAAUCUGGUCAGCUGGGGAUCCAUUCACUGUGAAUUCUUCAGCCGGUACCACGUUGGACAAAUUCUCAACAUGGCGUCAAACGGACCUGCUGAAACGGAAGAAUAAUGACAAUGCUCAGUUACUCACAGCGAUUGACUUUGAUGGGCCAACAGUAGGACUGGCCUUUGUGGGAACCAUGUGCAGUUCUACUCAUUCCUCAGGCAUUGUUCAGGACCAUAAUUCCAAUCCAAUUUCAAUUGGGGCCACCAUGGCACACGAGAUGGGGCAUAAUUUUGGUAUGAAUCAUGACACUAGCUUCUGUCAAUGCAAUUCUGGAUCUUGUAUCAUGGCAGCACAACUCAGCUACAACAUCCCCAAGGAUUUUACUGCAUGCAGCCUCCAGGAUUUUCAGAAAUAUAUUUUGGACCGAACACCAGUAUGCAUCACCAAUAUGCCUGCCCUGAAAGACAUAGUAGCACCCCCUGUUUGUGGGAACAACUUUGUAGAGACAGGAGAAGAAUGUGACUGUGGAACUCCAGAGGAAUGCACAAAUAGCUGCUGUGACGCUGCAACGUGCAAGCUGAAGCCGAAUGCUAAAUGUGCAUUUGGAGAGUGCUGUGAAAACUGCCAGCUUAAAAGAGCAGGGACUCUUUGCCGACCUAUAAAGCAUGACUGUGACCUGCCCGAGCUAUGUACUGGCCAGUCCCACCAAUGCCCAGUGGAUCGAUUCAGAGUCAACGGCUACCCUUGCAGAGAUGGCCAGGGUUACUGUUACAUGGGGAAAUGCCCCACCCUGCUGAGCCAAUGCAUUGCUCUUUGGGGAUCAGGUGCUACAGUUGCUGUAGACUCUUGUUAUAAGACUAACCAGAACGGAGUUUAUUAUGGACACUGCAAAAAGGCAAACGGCACGUUCAUCCCCUGUGCAAAAAAAGAUAUACAGUGUGGGAAGUUAUUUUGUACUGGUGGUUCACGAAUGCCUACAGCUGGAAACCUACUAUCUUUUGACUCAUGCAAAGGCAGUUUUCCUAAUGACAAUAAUGAAGACACAGGCAUGGUCGCUGCUGGAACUAAAUGUGGCAAUGGAAUGGUGUGCAGCAAGGGACAAUGUGUUGAUAUCGAACGAGCCUACAAAUCAACCAACUGUUCCGCCAAGUGCAAUGGGCAUGCUGUGUGUGACCACGAACUGGUAUGUCAGUGUGAAGAAGGAUGGGCACCGCCCAACUGCGAUAGCUCCACAACAGUUCAAUAUUUCGCCAUCAUUGCCGGUGUGCUAGCUGCCCUUGCUGUCAUUGUGAUAGUCGCUGUUUUAAUCAUCCGCUACCGAAAUACUAAGAAGAAGCAAGCUCAGAGUGGCCAGAGCAGAGGUGUAUCUGGAGAGACAAAUCCAGGCUUCUCAGGGCAAGAACAGAAGAGAAGACCGAACGUUGCACCCAUCCAGGAGGUCCAUGACACAAGAUUCCUCCUUCCCACUCCUCCACGCCAGGCAAACAACCCACAAGUCUCUGUUAAUAUCCCAGAGGAGAGAUCCAAUGGCAGGCCAGCCAUCCACCAAAAUACAAAAAUGCCUAUCGUAAAGCCAACCAAUCCACCACCUCCAGUUCCUACCACCAAACCAGCCUUUUCUCCUGUCAUGGGUAAUUCUGUAGCACAGACAAAGUCCACUCCUUCACCAGUCCCUAAGGGCAAACCUGCACCCCCACCACAGGCUUUAAAACCACCAGUCAAACCCAGAGUAUGAAGCUACUGAAGAAUUAUUGAUCGAGAUUCCUGAAAUUCUGAGGGACUGUUUCCCUCUCUGUUCACCUUGUGGUUCCUGCCUUUGCCAAGGAAAUAACAGUCCCAAUAACUUUAUUUUUUUUGUAAAUGGACUGGCAAUUUCCUUGAAAGAAAAUGUGUUUUUUCACAUAAUGUUGUAGUCCUUGGAUAGUGACAUCAGCCUGCCAUUCCUGGCUUUCCUGAGGAAAAGCCAGGGGAAUAGCAAACUGCCCUGAGGGAUAGACCCUAUAUGAGUUUUUAAAACCAGCUCAGUAUGUGUUUUUGGUUGGACAUUAAAAAAACACCAAAAAACAAACAUCCUGUCAGGGUGAUUAAGCCCUGGAAUAAUUUGCCUAGGGAGGUUGUAGAAUCUCCA